AUUUCUAGAACAGAUGAUUCUUGUCAGAUUUUACAUUGUACCUUAUGGUAAGACAUCAAGAAUAAAGAUAAUAGCAACAUUAGAAAUAUCUUGAUUAACUCUAAAUUUGUAAUUUCGAAUGCCACUGGCUGCAUUUAAGGGACGUAUAGCCCCAUCUAUUGUCGAACAUUCGAAGUGAAUGAUGGUAACGAAAUUUAUGAUAUGAUCGACUGCAUUGAAACAGCAAUAUGGCGGUCAUAAGCCACAGUGAGCCGAAUGUCAUAAUAUCACAAUGAGAAAACAAGACAUAUCGUGUGAUGGAGUAAACGCAUAUUAACAACCGUGGCUCAACGAGAUGCUUUCUUAGCGAUGACACUGCCUACAGAGCAUUUGAAAGCGGCACGACGGAUUCCAUUGAGAUACCUCUAGGAACCGACAAGGAACACAAUAAUGAGUUCUUCUAUUGCAAGACCUGUUACAGUAUAUUCGUAACGCUGACAAAAGAACACAGAAACGGCUCGCAGAUCCUCCGGCGAAUGGAGAUUUUCAGUGCUAUUGGAAGCACAGUUAUAAAGACUCUAUAAUCUGAUGCACAAUUGCAAGUCGAAGAGCAAUUGUAAGCCUAAACUUUUAAUAUUUUGUGUGUGCGACAUAAGUAAAGAUGAAUCGAAUAGACAGUGAUACGGAUAAUGCAAGAGGCUGGCACGAAUGUGCCAAAUGGUUGACUAGAUGCGGAGCUCUAAGAGCAGAUCACAAAGCCAACUGGCCAGAAGCAACUGCAUUCGAUUUAGCAUAUACAUUGAGGGAUGGUGUACUGCUAUGCAAUCUUUUGAACACAGUGGAUGCUGGUUGCAUAGAUAUGAAAGAUGUGAAUCAGAAACCACAGAUGUCACAAUUCUUAUGUUUAAGGAAUAUCAAAGUAUUUCUGUCCGCGUGCUCAACGAUUUUUGGCCUGUCUGAAUCAGAACUUUUCGAACCUUCCAUGUUGUUUGACCUAUCGGGCUUUCAUCGUGUACUAUGUACUUUAUCUGCUUUGUCCAAUUGUCCUCGUCUCAGACGCAAAGAUAUUCCCGGUUUCACCGUAGGACACUAUAGAUCGCAAGAAGAUAUAUACAAAGAUUUGCAAAGUGCUGGAGCAGGCCGCGAGGACGAAGGUCGCCGCAGAAGGUUUAGAAGGCGAGAAGGUGAUGAAGCAGGUGGAGGAGGGGACAAUGAAGAUCCAGUCGGUGAAGAAGACGGAUAUGGAGCAUUUUGCAGCCAUGCUCAAAGCGAGGAAAUCUACAAGGACCUUUGUAGUCUGCACAUGCCACCUCCUCCAUCUGUUGUACAGGAUGGUAUAAUCUCCGGAGCCGGAAAGAGCGAUUAUGUGAUCCAGGAACUCGUUGAAACCGAGCGAAAUUAUUCGGAAGUCCUUAACAGUUUGCUCAGGCAUUUUGCUAGACCGCUCUCAUCAUUAUUGCGACAUGAAGAUUCGACACGGAUAUUUUUCGGCAUAAAGGAACUCGCAGAAAUUCAUGCCGGUUUUCAUAGUCAGCUCCGAAAAGCUAGAGGCGGUGUUGCUUUAGCUCAGGUCUUCCUUGAUUGGCGAGAAAAGUUUCUCAUCUAUGGUGAUUACUGCGCAAAUCUUACUCUCGCGCAAAACACAUUGCAAGAAGUUUGUGCACGAAACGAAAUAGUUAAUCAAGUAGUUAUCAGGUGCCAACAAGAAGCUAAUAAUGGUAAAUUCAAGUUGCGGGAUAUACUCUCUGUUCCUAUGCAAAGAGUGUUGAAGUAUCAUUUACUGUUGGAUAAACUAGUAGAGGAGACUCCUAGCGAUUGGCAGGAAGACAGACAUUAUCUUGGAAAAGCUAGAGAAGUUAUGGUCGAUAUAGCUCAAUAUAUUAACGAAGUAAAACGUGACUCAGAUACAUUGGACAUUAUAAAGGACAUACAGGCAUCCAUAAUUGAUUGGGACGUCCCGGAAGAUGCACAAUUAAAGGACUUUGGACGUUUGCUUAAAGACGGAGAACUUAAGGUAAAAGCUCAUGGUGACCAACGAGUAAAGGCCCGUUAUGCGUUCGUCUUCGAACAAGUAGUAUUAAUUUGCAAAGCAGGUAGAGGAGAACAAUACUGUUUCCGUGAGACUUUACGGCUAGAUAACUAUAGAUUGGAAGAUCUUACAGCAAGACCAACAUUAGGCAAAGAUACACGACGGACUUAUCAGUGGUUGCUAGUUCACAAACAAGAGUACACAGCAUAUACUUUGUUUGCCAGAACAGAAGAACAAAAGCAGAUGUGGAUGAAAGCGUUCCAAGACGCAAUGGAUAAUGUUAAUCCAUCUGCUUGUCGUAACACCAACCACAAGUUUAAACUUACUACUUUCGAUCGACCCCUUAGUUGUCAACGGUGUGGAAAGUUCUUGAAAGGUCGCAUAUUUCAGGGCUACCGCUGCGAAGUGUGUCGUUUUGCUGUACACAAACAGUGCAUUGCACAAUCAGGCCGAUGCAUGCUAGUGCCGCUGCCACCACCACCGCCACCGCCUCUACCAUGCGAACGUGCUCUGUCAAUGAAAUUAUGGUUUGUGAAUGAAAUGGACCGGGACUCUGCUUCUAAUAAAUUAGAGCAUCGCGAAGACGGUACAUAUAUGCUGAGAAUGCGGCCAGCAGGACAAUCACGUUUGAAACACGAGACGAAUUAUGCUCUUAGUAUCAAGGCAAAUGGAGCAGUGAAACACAUAAGGGUAUUUAAACGUGACGUUGAUGGAGCCGAUUUGUACUAUCUCAGCGAAUCUCGCUUCUUUAAGAGUGUAGUCGAACUUGUUGAAUAUUAUGAACGGGCAUCGUUGUCGGAAAAUUUUGAGAAAUUAGAUCAACGUUUAUUGUGGCCAUAUAGGCGUGUGCUGGCCAAGGCGCUAUUCGAUUUUCGUGGAGGAGAACGUAAUCAGUUGAGUCUACGACGAGGUUGUAGAGUUGUUGUAUUGAGUAAAGAAGGUGAUGCCAAAGGAUGGUGGAAAGGAAAGAUAGGAGAUCAAAUAGGAUUUUUUCCAAAGGAAUAUGUUGAAGAGGAAUAAUGACAAAUUUUAAUACUUAGGUAUUUUCAAUAUGAUAGCACGAACGAUUCUCAAAUAUUUUUCAUAUUAAUCGUUUCAUCGUGCAAUCAUAAGUUUAUUAAAACAUCCCUCAGUAGAGAACGAAAGAAAAAGAGAUUAACUAUAUAUAAAUAUAAUAUAAUACAUUU